ACUAAAGGAGCACUAGUGAGAGGUAUGGAUGUCCUACGUUAGCCAUGAAAUUGAAAUUGAAGUUGAAGUUGAACUGUAUGUGAUUUAUGGAAGCUUACAACAUAGUUGGUUCAAAACAAUAAUCGGACUUGGACAAACCGACAACGCUGGUUUUGUACUUUUGUUAGAAAAAUAUAAAUCAAAGGCGAAGACUUUAGGAAAUAUAAAUAAUUGUUUCAAAAGGAACAUAGAAAAUGAGUCAGAAAAAGCUAUUGUCAUCAUCAGCCAUUAUAGUCUGCAAAUCCAAGCACAAUCAAGACAAAGGAAGAAGAACAAAGCACCAGUGGAGUACUGAGCUCAGCUAAUUAAUGGAGUUCUGAAAUCACCAAUCUUCCUCCUCCUCCUCCUCUUUCCGAAAAAUAAAGAUAUCAUCAGAUAGACUAUUUGCUCGAAUCCCAUCCCUGAGAAUCUUGUUUUGUUUAGUUCUGCAUACUUUGAUGGGCUGCUUUUGCUUGAAGAAACUUAGACACAAGGCUGGGUAUGAAGCGCCUAUCAAUCUUGCUUCCGAAACACCUUUUACGGUGAACGAAGUAGAAGCUUUAUAUGAUCUGUUCAAGAAGUUAAGCAACUCCAUAAUUGACGAUGGUCUGAUUCACAAGGAAGAAUUUCAGCUUGCACUCUUUAAAAACAGCAAUAAGCAGAACCUCUUUGCGGAUAGAAUAUUUGAUUUAUUCGAUGUUAAACAUAAUGGGGUUAUUGAAUUCGGAGAGUUCGUCCGGUCUUUAAGUGUGUUCCAUCCUAAUGCUCCCGAAGCAGAUAAAAUUGCUUUCUUAUUUAAACUGUAUGACCUACGACAGACCGGCUGCAUCGAGGUUGAAGAAUUGAAAGAGAUGGUAAUGGCUCUACUUUGCGAAAACAACAUGUCACUUUCCGGAGAUGUGGUGGACUUGAUUGUGGAAAAGACAAUGAUAGAGGCAGAUACAAAAAGAGAUGGGAAGAUCGAUGACGAAGAAUGGAAGGAAUUUGUGAAAAAGAAUCCGUCAGUCAUAAAGAUCAUGACUCUUUCGGAUUUGAAGGAUUUAACCCUUGCAUUUCCCAGCUUUGUAAUGAACUCCGAAGUCAGGGAUUUGUAGCAACCAGUGAAGAAUUGAGAAAAAAUUGAACUGAAGCUAUUGAUUUCAGGUCAUUGUUUGCACUUGGAUUAUGAAAUCUGAUUUCAAUUUUCAAUAACUUGAUACCUUCUGCACCAUAUAGGAACUGUAUGUACUGAAAAUUUAUUCAAUUCCUAGCAGAGAUGAAAACUCGUUCCGGACGACUGGAAAGAAUUUAUAUGAAUUCUAAAGAGUAAUAUGAUGUUUUAUAUGCUCAGUAAUCUAUUUUACAUUUUGUAAGCCCAACAUUAAAGCAGUAUAUAAAAUCUUUACAAUUAGUGCUAAUAACAAA